AUGUCUUCCUUACUGAUAAGGCGGUUAAAUCUCCGCGCUGCAUUUACAAGUAGUAGCAGGGGUCAGAGGGCAUGUGUUGGGGAGUUAUUUAAAGGAGGCACACGACCGCGUUCUAUUAGCAAAGGAAUGGGGAAUCACCACAGUGCUACGUUAACUACACACGUCUUACAGGUGAAGACGGGAGAUCGCAAAGGCGCUGGCACCGACGCUAACGUCACGGUUAUACUACACGAUGAUCAUGGUAAGAAAUCGUCCCCCUUGAAGCUUGAUCACCCUUUGAGGGACGACCUCGAGAGGGGCUCUUUGGAUGUCUUCCCCGUGGCGGAACCAUUAAAGGAAUUCGGGAAAAUUCAGAAAAUCGAAUUUACAAUGGAGAAGUUUGGAUUGGCGUCCGACUGGUAUGUAGAGUCGGUAUGUAUUGAGGACAAACGACAAGAAUCGAUCAUUCCGUACAUGUUUCCGAUUCAUCGCUGGAUCAGACCCAGUCGCCGCUACGUGUUUGAUCACCUGGACUGCAAGCUGCCGCAGGAGGACCAGGAAAUAGACCAGAGGAAGGAGGAGCUGACGGAGAAAAGAAAAAUCUAUGAAUUAGAGCAAAAAGCGCCCGGUCUUCCUGCACAGGUCAAGCAGAUCCCCGACGAUGAAAUGUUCUCUGACGAUUACAAGUGGGAUAUCGUCAAAAGAAAGAUGGCAUUGAUAGCCCAAACCAAGCUGACACACCUCGCCACGUUGUUUGAACACUGGGACAGUUACGACGACCUGAUAGCAGUGUAUGGCGGAGACUUGGAGGCCCCUGAGGAGCAGUUAAAAUAUUGGCGAGAUGAUGAGUGGUUUGGUGCCCAGAGACUUGCCAGCUGUAACCCUACACUUAUCUCCCUGUGUACCGCUAUCCCGCAGAAUUUCGGGGUAACCGCGGCAAUAGUCGAGCCAUUCCUAGAGGGACUGUCAUUACAGAAAGCCAUCGAUUCUAAGCGUCUGUUUCUAGUCGAUCUCAAAAUUCUGGAUGGAUUACAGCACAGAGCAGAAACCGAGGUAUGCGCGCCUUUGGCGUUAUUCUUUCAAAAAGAAAACCAACGCUUGGUGCCUGUUGCAAUUCAGCUACGACAAGAGGUCAGACAUAAUAACCCUGUUUUCUUGCCCAGUGAUCCCCCCGGGACAUGGCUGUAUGCAAAAAUGUGGUAUAACAAUGCGGACGCUUCUUACCACCAGUCCCUCACUCACCUGGGUUUUACCCAUCUUUUAAUCGAAGGCAUAUCGGUGGCCACAAACAGGCAACUUUCGCCCUCUCACCCCAUCUUCAAACUCCUGGCGCCACACUUCCUGUAUCUUAUUGCUAUAGAUUGGCGCGGUUUGAACAUGUUAAUCAGUGAGAAUGGCUGGGUAGAGAAGACCAUGUCAGUGGGCCGGGCAGGAAUGUUUGAGCUCAUCGCAAGAGGGAUACAAGAAUGGCGAUUGGACGUCCACGGAACCUUGCCGAAAUAUUUGGAGUCUCGCGGUUUAUUGGAUACAACCAUUCUACCUAACUACCAUUACCGUGAGGACGCCUUGCCGCUGUACUAUAGCAUUAAGAAAUAUGUCAGCCAAAUUAUCAACCAUUUUUAUGAGAACCGCAAGAAACUCACAGAAGACUACGAAUUGCAAAAUUGGAGACACGAAUUGGAAACGGAGCGAGAGAAAGGAGGCGUGGGGAUACAGGGCAUACCAGGGAGCGUGACAUUUGAAAAUAAUGACGAACUAAUCCUGACAUGUACGUCAAUUAUCUUCACGUGCAGCGUAUCUCACGCGGCGUCCAACUUCCCCCAGUACACUGACUACGCCUUUCCUCCGAACUACCCAGCUUAUAUUAAAGGGCAGCCGCCCACGGAUAAGGUUCCUGUGUCGGAGGAGGACAUCGUGAAGACGCUGCCUACCAAGUCUCAUACCUUGGACAUCAUGGUGGUCACCAAACUUCUUAGUGACAAGGGGACUAACAGUCUGGGGGAUUUUGACAUCCAGUACCUGCACGACCCUGUCUCUGUCAAGGCUGCACAGACAUUACGACAAGAGCUGUCUGAAUUGAGUGAAAAGAUCAAGGAGAGGAACAAGAGUCGUUUUCCAUCUUACCUUUAUCUGCAGCCGGAUCACGUACCAAACUCUAUCAGCAUAUGAAUCGCCAGGAGGAAAAAAACGCCAUUAAAAAAAGCGUAGACUACGUCAUAUCGGCGAUCAGAUCGGUUACUUAUGUUGGCACCAAUGUUGCGGCAGAGGGUAGCGCUCAUGGCGUGACGUCACCGGUACGUUUAACAUCAAAUACAUAGCCCAUGCUGCCGAUCACAAGACUGACCACCUAUUGCGGAAGAUCUGCAGCACUGCCGGUAACAGCAUGCAAUACUACUAGUAGUAAGACCGGAGCGAGAUUUACAAGAACAGAUGUUUUUAAUCACGGCAAAGUUGCGAAG